CUGGAAUAGGUGCACAGAGCAAGUAUACGCGGGGUCUUUGAAAAUGAACUACGACUGGAUUCUCGAUGGAGGCUACCUCCCCCAUGCUGUCAUUCGCGUCGGCAUCAGACGCCAGCUGCGAGAGCGCAUCGACUCCAUCGCAAGCACCUCUCUCAGCGCCGCCUUUGGCCGCAAGAUGAAUUACCUGGAGAAGCUCCGCACCCGACCCAUGGCCAUCGAGACGGCCACGGCCAACACGCAGCACUAUGAGGUCGGAACUGGCGUGCUGGCGGCAUGUCUGGGCCCGAGGAUGAAGUACUCCUGCUGUCUUUACCCCAAGGGUAGGGAGACGCUUGCUGAGGCUGAGGAGGCCAUGUUGGCGCUGUAUCUGGAGAGGGCUGAGCUUAAAGAUGGGAUGAGAAUUCUUGAUCUCGGCUGUGGAUGGGGAUCUGGUGCCAUCUACUUUGCCGAGAAGCUGCCCAACUCGCAAAUCACAGCCUUUUCCAACUCCCGGACACAGAAGGAGUACAUCGAUUCGGUAGCCAAGGAAAAGGGCAUUACAAACCUCCAGGUCAUCACCGGCGACGUCGUCGACUACGAGUUUGAGCCCGAGUCUUUCGACCGCGUUGUCUCCAUCGAGUUGUUCGAGCACAUGAAGAAUUACGAACUGCUCCUGGCCAAGGUGUCACGCGCCCUCAAGCCCCGGGGCAAGCUCUUUGUACACAUUUUUGCUCACAAGACGGACCCCUACGACUACGAGGAGGGCUGGAUGACGACUCACUUCUUCACGGGCGGUACCAUGCCCUCGGCAGAUCUUUUGCUGUACUUCCAGCGAGAUCUCCAGAUUAAGAAUCAGUGGUGGGUCAAUGGCCAGCACUACUCCAAGACGUGCGAGCACUGGCUGUCCAAGAUGACAGCCAACAAGAAAGAAAUCUGGCCGCACCUCAUUGAGACGUACGGUGAGGAAAACGCAACAACGUGGUACAAUCGCUGGCAAAUCUUUUACAUGGCAUGUUCGGAGCUGUUUGCGUACGAGGGCGGAGACACCUGGGGCGUAUCGCACUAUCUGUUCGAGAAGCCGGGCGCGUAGUUUGGGAACUUGGAAAGUGUAUUGCAUCUUUGAUUUGAUUCCUGAGCUUCUCCAUCUGCUCUAUAUACACCGCACCAAAGCCAAUUGUCUCUUGGCGCCCCAACGCUCGUGUUGUCGUAGAUGCUGCGGGAAUGGGAAGUAGUCGUACAUGGUUGUCGUUUAGUGGUCCCAAGGGUGUUUGAGACCGAGGAGCACGGCACCUAAGGAAUAUUAGCCAUUGUUGCCCAGGCACAAGAGUUCCCCCGUAAGAGAAUGCGCGCUUCAACAAACCAUCCUUCUUAGCCCGGUACAUCAGCUACAAACCCCAACCCAGUUAGCAAUUCCACUUCUUGAACCCUC